AUGAAGUUCCAGGUUACUUCGUCCCGCGCAGUCGCGCUUAUCGCCCUCAUUGCCAGCGCUGAGGCUGCGCGUCAUGGUCAUGGCCACUCCCAUGUUCGCCACCAGGAAGCUCGCUCCGUUCCGGAAAACGCUUCUCUCCAGAAGAAGAGUGGACAGUGCCAGUUCCCUACCGAUGCUGGCCUGGUCUCUGUCACCCCCAAUGAGGAGAACGCCGGUUGGGCUAUGAGCCCCAACCAGCCCUGCGAGCCCGGCAACUACUGCCCCUAUGCCUGUCCUCCCGGUCAGGUUUCCAUGCAGUGGGAUCCGGAGGCCACCUCCUACUCCUACCCUAUGUCCAUGAACGGCGGUCUCUACUGUGACGAGAACGGCGAGAUCCAUAAGCCUUUCCCCAACAAUCCUUACUGUGAGGAUGGUACUGGUGCCAUGUCUGCCAAGAACAAGGCUUCCCAGUCUGUGGCUUUCUGCCAGACUGUGCUGCCUGGUAACGAGGCCAUGCUGAUCCCCACCCUGGUCGAGGAGCUCGCUACUCUGGCCGUCCCUGGCAUGUCUUACUGGUGUGAGACUGCCGCUCAGUACUAUAUCAACGCUCCUGGUGUCUCCGUUGAAGAAGGUUGUGUCUGGGGUACCAACGCUAAGCCCGUCGGUAACUGGUCGCCCUACACUGCUGGCGGUAACACUGUCUCCGACGGCAGCUCUUACCUGAAGAUUGGCUGGAACCCCAUCUACCUGGAGACCACCUGCCCCUUCCGCAACACCAAGCCCACCUUCGGUAUCGAGAUUGAGUGUGAGGGUGGUGGUUGUAACGGUCUCCCCUGCAAGAUCGAUCCUUCCACCAUGGAUGUCAACGAGAUGAGCGCGGAGGAUGUCUUUACCGGCGCUGGCGGCGCCACUGGCUGUGUUGUCACUGUCCCCAAGGGCUCCAAGGCCAACAUCAUCGUCUUCGACGUUGAUGGAAGCUCCAGCUCCAGCUCCGGCUCCAGCUCCAGCAGCUCCGAGUCCUCCACCAGCACUGUGGUCCCGACCAGCACUAGCACUAGCACUAGCACUAGCACUAGCACUCCUACUCCCACCCCGACCAGCACCAGCACCACGGAGACUCCUACCCCUACUUCGACCAGCACAUCCACUGUCACUCCCACUCCCACUUCUACCUCUACCCCCACCCCUACCUCUACCUCCACUUCCAGCUCCACUUCGACCUCCACUGUGACUCCCACCUCGACUGUCACUUCGUCUAGCAGCAGCACUCGUCUGCCCAAGUCGAGCCCCUCCAUGAGCUACACUUACCGUCCUCACGUGUUUGCUCCCACUGGAGCUUCCGAGAUCUCAUCUUUGGGCUCCGGUUCCAGCUCUGGGUCCUCUGCCACAAGUGCCGUUUCGGCUUCUGCCUCCAGUACCGGCGCCGCCACCAGCACUGCCGCCUCCAUGAUGACAGUUGCCCUUGGUGCCGUGGCCGCCAUGUUCAUGAACUUCUAA